GGGGAGCGCUGCACGCACCGCAACAUGUCAGGGAAAAUUCAGAUUCUUACUAUGGAGGAGAGGGAGCACCUCCUCCCCAUGCUGAGGAGUGCUCAGUGGGUGGAGGUGGUGGGGAGGGAUGCCAUUUACAAGGAGUUCCUCUUCAAAGACUUCAACCAAGCUUUUGGCUUCAUGUCCAGAGUAGCACUACAGGCUGAAAAAAUGGAUCAUCACCCUGAAUGGUUUAAUGUGUAUAAUAAGGUUCAGAUCACUCUGAGUACUCAUGAGUGUGGAGGACUCUCACAGCGUGACAUCACCCUUGCAACCUUCAUAGAUCAAGCCUCAGUCCUUUGAGUGAACCCUCUCUCAAUAGAGCUUGUCAGAUGACCUCUCAGCAGCUUGUAAAUCUGGACCAAAAAAAAAACGGACUUCAUGCAACAUGAUUUUCACUAUCAGUUUUGACUGUGUAGUCUCCUACAAGUCUGCCUGUUACUAUUAAUCCUUUCCCAAGAAGUAUUAAUGGAGUGGUUAGGAGAACUUUUGUCUUAAGUCAUUUCACAUCCACGGAAUAUAAACAUUUUAAAGAACACUAAAGAGACCAAGUGAAGCACUAUGUAUAACUGUGUUAUAUGGCCUAUUGUAUUUUUUAUUUCAAAAAUUUUCAAAAUUUAUGGUGCCUUUGUUUUGUUGUUGAUGUGGGAAAAGUCUGAGAUCUGUUAUCCCGCUUACAGGAUCCAGUGAUUAAAUGGCAGACUUAGUUCCUCAACAAUGAAAUGUAUUAAACAGUAAACAUUUGCCAACAUUGACUUUGUGAGAUCAAUCGAUUAUCUGUCAAAUCACUUGCCUACUGUUUAAUCAUUAUACAUUAAAGUC